AUGAUAAGAAAAAAAACCGACAAAACAUUUAUAAAUAACAGUAAUAACAUUGUAUAAGAUUAUAUUACUCCUAUGGAUUUCAUUCAUUUAAUUAGAACUGAUCCUGAAAUUGCUGACGAAUUUUGCUAUUUAAAUAGAUAAUCGAAUCCUUAUGAUUUUAAAAUAGUAGAUUUUAAUUAAAGAAAUCCAAGAGAAUAUAUGACUAUUUCAGUUAGAGGUAUAACUCAUUUUAUUGAUAAUGAGGCGGAAUUCAAAACCAUUGAAGAAUGGGAGCGCGAAUCAAUGAUGUUUCAUAAACUGAAGCAGAUUUUAUUUUUCAAAUAAUAUAAAAUUUGGAAGAAUUUCUAGAUUUGGAAAAAAUUAAUGAGAAGAAAUAUGAUGAGAGAAUGUUCAAAUGUACUUUAAUAAUAAUUAUUUGCUGUAGAUAGAAAUUUAUAACCUGCUAUAUUAGAAAUUAGAGGUUUGUGCUUGGAAAGUUAAGAUUUUAGAUAUAUGGAUAUGAAUAUAUCAAGUGCCUAGAGAUAUGAGGAAUUCAAAAAAACGUAAGAAGCCUUCCGAUUAUCAAACACUGAUUUUAGCUUUGAAAGAAUGGAAAGUGAAAUAAAAGAUUUAGUGGUCCAAAAUUGCAAAAGAUCAUUAUAAUCUUUCAAAGAAGAAAACAGAAUUCCUUUUAGUGACUAAAACGAAGAGGAUGAAAUAAAAGAAAAAGCACCUUUAUUAGUCGGAGAUGAAACAGGAAAGGAAAUGCCUUAUACGUAAGAAGCCACAAUAAGGACUCAUUACAAAAGAUUAAAUAAAUUUGUUAGAUUAGUAGACUAUCUUAUUGUAGAUUCAAAAAUUUCAAUGAUGAAUAAUUCGACUUAAUCAAUUAUUAAAUAUUUAAAAGAUCAUAGUGAAAAACACGGAGAAAGAAUAGCAAUAGCACCUGUGAAUGUUGAUCAGUUUAUUCAACAUAACGAAAAUGUAAAUACUAUUGCUAACAAAUUAGAAGAAAUGACUUCAGAAAAUAGCGAGAUUUAAGAACUUUUUUUCCUUUUGGAAGAAUUCAAAAUUAAAUUGCCAGAAAUGUAUAAGGUUAAAGUUAAAGAAGCAGCUACCUAAAUAUAAACUUUAAGGCAAAAAAUACAAGAUGCAUAAGAUUUGGCAGAGUAAAACUUGAAAAAAUUUCAAAAAUAACUAGAUUCAAUGGUUCCUGGAAUAAAGGAAGAUUUAAAAGACUUAGAAGAGCACCUUUCUUAAAUUGAUUAUGCUAAAAUUGAAGCUCCAAUAGCAGAAACAUAAUUUAAAGUUAUAGAAAAAUUAUGGACUGGAAAAAAGUAAUGGAAAGAAAGUAUUUAAAAAUGGAGUUCUCAAUAAUUCUAAGAAGCUGACUUGGAAGAAAUAUAAGACAUAGUUGAAAAACUUUCAAAAAUAGCAAAUAAUUGCGCUAAAGAAUUAGAAACAAACGAUGUAGCUAGAUUAUUUAAAAAAGAAUUGGAAGAUUUUAAAAUUUUUCUUUAAUUACUUCAUUCUUUAAAAGACCCUGCUUUAACAGCUACAGAAUAACCAUGGGAAGAAAUAAGAUCAUUAUUAAGAGGUUAAAAUGAAUUAUUAAAAUAAUCAUCUAUUUUUGAAUAAUCUCCAAAGUUAGUCUAUUUUCAUGAUAUAAACGAUCCCUAAUAUACUAUUGGGUGGAUAAUCGAUAAUGAUAUAGUAAAUUAUAAAGACAAAAUAGCAGAAAUAGCUUUAAAAGCAGCGAAAGAAAUUGAAUUGAAAAAAAUGGUAGCUCAUGUUGAACAUUUAUGGCCUUCUUUUUAAAUUUAGGUUUAGUAAUAUAAAGACAAGAACGAUGCUUAUAUUUUGGGAAAUAACGAAGAUUUAAUUUCUAAACUGGAUGAUACUUUACUAACUGUAAAUAAUAUUUUAGCCUCAAGGUUUGUAGGAAGAAUAUUCGACAGAGUAGACGAAUAAUAGAAACUUUUUAGAUAUCUAUAAGAGUUAUUAGACGAAUGGUAUGUACAUUAAAGAAAUUGGCUGUAUUUAGAACCUAUAUUAACAUCUCCUUAUGCAACAAAAAUGAUGCCAAAAGAAGCCAAAAUAUUCAAUGCAGCAGAUGCAAAUUGGAAAAGAUUAAUGAAGUAAUUAAAAGAUAAUAGUAAUGCGAAGAAAUUGGCUGAUGAUUAUAAGAGUAGAAGCCAUUAUAAUAUGUUGAAAAAUAAUAAUAUAACUUUUGAAGUCAUUUAGAAAGCACUUGAUGAACUUUUAGAAAGGAAAAGAGAAGUUUUUUAAAGAUUCUUCUUUUUGUCUAAUGAUGAACUUUUGGAAAUACUUUCUUAAGCCAAAAAUCUUAAGUCAGUUAUUCCUCAUUUAAGAAAAUGCUUUGAAAAUAUUGUCAAAUUAGAUUUUGAUUAUUAGGACACUGCCACAGCUAUGAUUUCUGCAGAAAACGAGAGAGUUGCUUUGAAAAAUUACCAAGCAAGAGGUGAAGAAGUGGAAGGAUGGUUUAAAGAUUUAGAAGAUUCGAUGAAACAUUCACUUAAGAGUGUAAUUAGAUAAGCUUUAAUUAAGUAUGAAGAUGAAAAUACUGUUAGAUAAUAAUGGGUCAUUUCAUUUCCUUCUUAAGUUGUAUUAGUACUUGAUGCUGUUUAUUGGACUAAAAUAACUGAAGAAAAUUAUCUAUCAGGCGAUUCUAAUGGCGAUUUAUAUGAUUGGCUAGAAGGAAAUAUAUCAUAAUUGGAAGAAUUAACAGAAUUAAUCCGUGGAUAAUUAACUGAUUUACAAAGAAAGACAUUAUCAGCAUUAGCUGUAUAAGAUGUUCAUUAUCGUGAUAUAAUCGAAGAAUUAGCUUAGCAAGGAGUAGAGAAUGUAACAGAGUUUCGUUGGUAACAAUAGCUUCGUUUUUACGUUGAAGAAGACUAAAUAUUUUGCAAACAAGUAAACGCAAAACUUCCUUACGGCUAUGAAUAUAUCGGAGCAUAAUCUCGUCUUGUAAUAACUCCUCUUACAGAUAGAUGCUGGAUGACAAUAACAGGUGCUUUAGGAAUUAAGUUAGGUGCAGCACCAGCUGGACCAGCAGGUACAGGAAAAACAGAAUCAUGUAAAGAUUUAGCCAAAUCUUUAGGCAAAUAUUGUAUAGUAUUUAAUUGCUCAGACCAAGUAAAUGUAAAAAUGAUGGAAAAGCUUUUCAUGGGUUUAUAAUAUACAGGUUCUUGGACAUGUUUAGAUGAAUUUAAUAGAAUCAACAUUGAAGUUCUUUCCGUUAUUGCUUAAUAAGUGUUGACCAUUAGAGAAGCUCAUUUAAAAUUAGCUCAUACAGGAGAAAGAAUAUUCAACUUUUUUGGAAAAAAUGUUACUUUAGGGUCAACUGCUGAUAUGGGAAUUUUCACUACAAUGAAUCCUGGUUAUGCUGGAAGAACUGAGCUUCCUGAUAAUCUAAAAAUUUUAUUCAGACCAGUGGCUAUGAUGGUUCCUGAUUAUACUUUAAUUGCUGAAAUCAUGCUUUUCGCAGAAGGUUUUUCCAAUGCAAAAGGAUUGUCAAGUAAAAUGACUAAAUUAUAUACUUUGAGUUCUGAAUAACUUUCUUAAUAAGAUCAUUAUGAUUUUGGUAUGAGAGCUGUGAAAAGUGUUUUAGUUAUGGCAGGAGCUUUAAAAAGGGCAGAACCGGAUAUUUCAGAAGAAAUCGUUUUAAUUAGAUCUAUGAGAGAUUCCAACGUUCCGAAGUUUUUGAGUUUUGAUAUUCCUUUAUUUAAUGCCAUUGUUUAGGAUUUAUUUCCUGGGUUAGAUAUUCCAGCUAUGUAAGAUAAUUAGUUAGAAGAAAGAAAAAACGAAAAAGCACUAAAUACACACUCUGAUUUUUAAAAUAUUUUAUUGUCAAUACUUAAUCCUAAAUCUAUUUCCAUGGAAGAACUUUAUGGAGAUUUCGAUCCUCUUUCAUAAAGCUGGACAGAUGGUUUGGCUUCUACGUUGAUUCGAGAAUAUGUAAAUAUUGAUAAUUAAGAUAAAAAAUGGGUACUUUUUGAUGGACCUGUAGAUGCUUUGUGGAUUGAAAAUAUGAACACUGUACUUGAUGAUUCAAUGACUUUAUGUUUGUCAAAUGGUGAAAGAAUAAAGCUUAAACCUUAGAUGAGAAUGCUUUUUGAAGUACAAGAUUUAGCUGUGGCUUCACCUGCUACUGUUAGUAGAUGUGGAAUGGUUUAUAUUGAUGAAGAUGUUGUUGGAUUAGAUGCUAUUGUCGAUAGUUAUUUUUAAAAGGAAAUUUAUCCAAUACUUGAAGUCCAUAGAGAUUUUGUUAAGAGUUCUUUUUUGGGAUAAUUUAAAAAAAUUGUAAGUUUUAUGAAAAAAAAGAAAUUAAAUUAAACUAUUCCUAUAGUUGAGGCUAAUAUAGCGAUUGCUUCUUGCAAGAAUCUUAAAAUUAUAUUACAAUUAGAUUAAAAUGCAAAUAAUUCUUUAAAAUAAGAAAAUUCUAAAAAAGCCCUUGAAAAAAUUCUUGCUUGGGCUCUUUCAUGGGGAAUAGGGUCUACUUUAGUUAGUAAUAAUGUGAAAGAGUUUAUAGAUUGUUUAAAUGAAUAUUUCUCACCAGAAGCACUUCCUAGAGGAAAUAUAUUUGAUCAUUAUUUUACUUUUUCGAAACCUGAAGGGGAAUUCGUUCAUUGGGAAGAAAUAAUUCCUUAGUUUAAUUAUUCACCUGAAAUGUCCUAUUUUUAACUCGUAGUUCCUACUUCGGAUACUACUUGCUACUCAUGGUUUUUGGAUAAAUAUAUUAGUUUACUACUACCAGUUUUUCUUACUGGAAUGACUGGAACUGGAAAAACUAAUAUUGUAAAUAGUACACUUAAUUAAAUGAAAGAAUAGAAUUUUAUUGCUACAUGUGAACUUACUUUUUCAGCUAAAACAGGAAGUUUAGCUACUUAAGGAUAAAUAGAAGGAAAACUGUAAACAUAAAGAAAAAAUAAAAAAUAAAUACUUAUGCCUCCACCUGGACGUAUUUUAGUAGUUUUCGUAGAUGAUAUAAAUAUGCCUUCUGUAGAAAUUUACGGAGCACAACCACCAAUAGAACUUCUUAGGUAAUACUAAGAUUAUAAAGGAUUUUAUGAUAGAAAAUCUUUAUUGUGGAAAGAAAUUGAUUAAACUGUUCUUAUUGCUGCUGCAGCACCUCCUGGAGGCGGUAGAAGUGUGUUAAGUUAAAGAUUUACAAGACAUUUUAAUAUUAUGACAGUUCCAGAUAAUUAAAUAGCGUCUUUAACACAUAUUUUUAAUAGUAUUUUUUGUAAAUUCUUAAAAGUGAAAAGAUUUAGAAAAGAAAUUAUUGAAUUAGGAGAAAAUAGAAGCGUAGUUGAUGCUACCCUAAAUAUUUAUUAAUACAUAUCAGAAUAACUAUUACCUACUCCAGCAAAAUAGCAUUAUGUGUUCAAUUUGAGAGAUGUUUCAAAAGUUUUCUAAGGAUUACUUUUGGCAAAACCUUAAAUAAUAUCUUCUGUAGAUAAUUUAGUAAAACUUUGGAUUCAUGAAGCGAGUAGAGUUUUUUAUGACAGACUUAUAAAUGAGGAAGAUAGAGGAUGGUUCAUGGAUACAAUUCAAAAAUAACUAUUUAUUAAUUUCAAGGUUGAUUGGAAAAAAGAAUAAAUUUUCUUUUCAGAAACACCACUUAUUUUUAGUGAUUUUAUUAAAAAAGGAAUAGAAUAAGAGGAUAAAGUGUAUGAAGAAGUUAAAGAUUUCUAAAAGCUAACUUCUAUAAUUAAAGAUUAUAUGAUGGAAGAAACUAAACUUAAUCUAGUUUUGUUUAGAGAUGCAGUUGAGCAUAUGUCUAGAAUUGCUAGAGUUUUGUCCUUGUAAAGAGGACAUUUUAUGCUUGUAGGAGUUGGUGGUUCGGGAAAAAAAAGUUUGACAAUAAUGGCUUCAGCUUUAGCAGGAUGCUAGUUAGAUACUAUAGAAUCGAAAAAAACUUAUGGAAAAAAAGAAUUUAAAGAAGAUUUGCUUAGAAUGAUGAAAAAAGCAGGUGUUUACAAUAAAAGAGUUACAUUUUUAUUUUCAGAUACAUAAAUUUUACAAGAAAGUUUCUUGGAAGAUGUAAAUAACUUAUUAAAUAGUGGAGAAGUUCCCAAUAUGUUGUAAAAAGAUGAAAUAGAGGAAAUAAACUAAUUAAUCUAGCAAGAAAUAAAAGAUAAUAAAGUAUCCGAUACAUAUUAAUACUUUGUAGAAAGAGUGAGAAGCUAAUUACAUAUCGUAUUAGCUUUAUCUCCUGUGGGAAAUGCUUUAAGGGUACGUAUGCGUAUGUUCCCAUCAAUAAUAAAUUGCUGUACAAUUGAUUGGUUGAACCCUUGGCCUGAGGAAGCUUUGUUUACUGUUGCAGAUAUGUUUUUGUAAAAUCUAGAAUUUGAAGGUAUGACAAAAGAAGUUAAGAAAAGCCUUGCGUUAAGUUGUGUAUUUGUGCAUUAAAGUGUAGAAUUAUAAACAUAGAACUUUUUUAAAAACUUAAGAAGAAGAGUUUAUAUAACGCCGAAAAGUUAUAUUGAUUUAAUUGAAGGAUAUAAAGAAUUAUUAAAAAAUAAGCAGGAAUAAAUGGAGUCUUAAAAAAAUAAACUAUCUAAUGGUCUUUUUAAAUUAAAGGAAGCAAACGAUAUUAUUGCUGAACUAAAAGAAAAGCUUACCGAACUUAAACCUGUUUUGUAAAGAAAAACUAUUGAAUAAGAUGAACUUAUUAAAAAGUUAGAAAUUGAUAGUUACGAAGCUAAUAAAGUUAGAACCGUUGUUAAAGAAGAGGAAGUUCAAGUUAAUGAAAAAGCUUAAGAAAUUCGAGAAAUGAAAUUUGAAGCUGAUAAAGUUUUGUAAGCAGCACUUCCUAUGCUUGCAGCGGCUAAUGAAGCUUUAAAUAUUUUAGAUAGAAAGGUUAUUUCAGAAAUUAAAGCCAAUAAUAAUCCUAAUGAACUUGUUUUAUUCACUUUAUAAUGUGUAUGUUGUCUUUUUGAUGAAAAAUAAGAUUGGGAUAGCAUAAAAAAAUUAUUAGCAGAUCCUAAUUUAGUUUCUAGAAUGAAAAAUUUGGAUGUUUAUAGCAUUUCGCCUAAAGUAGAGAAAAAUAUAAAAAAUAAAAUAGCUUCAAAUGAAAAUUUCAAUCCUUAAAAAUUAGCUUCUAUUUAAGCUGCGGCAAAAGCGAUUUGUGAAUGGGUUUUAGCUGUUGCUAAUUUUACAGAUGUAAAUAAAUAAAUAAAUUCUAAAAAAGCUAUAGUGGAAAAAAUGAAUAAUGAAUUGUAAAAAGCUAAUAAAGAAUUAAAUAUCAAGCAAUCUGAAUUAAGAAAAGUAGAAGAAAAAGUAGGUAAACUUGAAAAAGAAUAUAACGAUAAUAAAUAAGAAAAAGAUCGGUUAGACAAGGAUAUUUAAACUAUUGGAGAUAGACUUAUUAGAGCUGAAGAGUUAUCUACAGGUUUAGCGGAUGAAUAAAUAAGAUGGAAAGAAACUGUAGGAGUUUUAGGAGAAUAGAUUAAAUUAUUAAUAGGAGAUGUAUUUAUAGCUGCAUCUUCUGUUACUUAUUAUGGACCUUUUACAGGCACAUAUAGAGAAGAAUUAGUUUAAUAAUGGCUAUAGAAAUGCUAAGAUUUAAAUAUCCUUGUUAGUGAAUAAUAAAGUUUAGAAUAUGUACUUGGAGAUCCAGUUUAAAUAAGAAAUUGGAAUGCAAAAGGUUUACCAUCAGAUAGUGUAUCGAUAAAUAAUGGCAUAAUAGUUUUUAGUUCAAGAUCAUUCCCUCUUUUAAUUGAUCCUUAAUUAUAAGCUUCUCGCUGGAUAAAAAAUUUAUAAGCUGAAAAUAGUUUAUUUGCUUUAAGAAUGAACGAUGAAAAAUUAUUUUAAACUUUAGAAUAAUGUAUAAGGAUGGGAUAACCAUUAAUAAUAGAAGAUAUGGAAGAAACAAUAGAAGCAUCAUUAGAACCAUUAUUAAUGAAAUAAUUUACUUAUUCAAAAAGAAGAAAAAUGAUCAAAGUAGGUGAUUCUAAUAUUGAAUAUGACGAUAAUUUUCGUUUAUACAUCUAAACAAAAAUUCCAAAUCCAAAUUUCCUCCCUGAAAUAUUCAUAAGGGUAUCCGUAAUAAAUUUCACAGUAACAGAACUAGGUUUAGAAGAAUAACUACUAGGUGAUGUUGUAAAAAAAGAAAUGCCAUAAGUCGAAUUCGAAAAAAACCUACUAAUUAUUGAAAUAGCAUAAGGAAAAACUCAACUAAAGAAAAACGAAGAUAAAAUUCUUGAAUUACUAACCAGUUCAAAAGGUAUGAUACUAGAUGAUGUUGAAUUAAUUGAAAAUUUGAAACUGUCAAAAAAAACGUCAGAUAUAGUUAAAACGAAAAUUACUGAAGCUGAAGUAAAAAGAGUAGAAAUUGAAGAAGCACGUUCUUAAUAUAAAUCCGUAGCUUAAAGAGGCUCUAUUUUAUAUUUCGUUAUCGCAGAUUUACCUUUAAUUGAUCCUAUGUAUUAAUUUUCAUUAGCUUAUUUUAACAAAUUAUUCUCUUUAAUUAUUGAAAAUUCGCCUAAAUCAUCAAAUAUAAACGAAAGGGUUGAUAUUCUAAUAAAACAAAUUACACUAACUAUAUAUUUGAAUAUAUGUAGGGGUCUUUUUAAUGAUCAUAAACGUAUUUUUUCUUUUCUUGUAAGUACAGCUAUAUAAUUAAGAGAAAAUUACAUUUCUAAACCCGAAUGGCAUACAUUUUGUAGAGGAGCUCCAAUUUUAAAGGAAAAGGCGUAGCCAUAGCCCCCUGAAUUGCAACUAAACGCAAAAGUUUGGUAAAAUUUAUGCCAGCUCUGUACUCAUAUUCCCUGCUUUGAUUUAUUAAUAGCUAGUAUUAAAAGUUAACCUAAGGAAUGGAAUUAAUGGAUUCAUUCUUAAGAACCUUUUUUAUAAUAAUUCCCUUCUAAAUAUAAAGCGGAGUUAACUGUGUUUUAGAAAUUGCUUCUUGUUAAAACAGUUAGAGAGGAAAAAACUCUAUAUGCAAUGACUUAUUAUGUAGAAAAUUCGCUUGGAAAAAGAUUUGCUUCUAAUACAGCUGCUAUUAUGGAAGAAGUAUAUAAAGAUACAGAUUUUAAAACUCCUCUUAUUUUUAUUUUAUCUUAAGGAGCUGAUCCCCUUUUGAAUUUAUUAAGAUUUUCUAAAGAUAUGAAGGUUUCUUAAGAAAAGCUUUCCAUUAUUUCUUUAGGAUAAGGAUAAGGGCCAAUCGCAUAAAAAUCAAUUGAAAAUGGAAUUAAAAAUGGAAGUUGGGUAAUUUUAUAAAAUUGCCAUUUAGGUAAAUCUUUUAUGCCAACUUUGGAAUAAUUAAUUCUUAACUUUAAUGAUUAAAAUUAAGAAUUUUCUCCUGAAUUUAGACUCUUCCUUACUUCUAUGCCUUGUGAUUAUUUCCCUGUCUCUAUUUUAUAAAAUAGUGUUAAAUUGACAAAUGAACCGCCAAAAGGAAUAAAAGCAAAUAUAUUUAAAACUUACGGAGAAAUAUCCGAAGAAAGAUUAGAAAAUUGUACAAAAUUAACUUCUUGGAAAAAACUUCUUUUCUCAUUAUCCUUUUUCCAUUCAAUAGUCUAAGAAAGGAGAAAGUUCGGUCCUUUAGGCUGGAAUAUACGUUAUGAAUUUAAUGACUCAGACCUUGAUACAGGAAUAACAAUUCUAAAAGAUAUGUUAGAAGCAAAUGAAGAAAUUCCUUGGGACGCAUUAAGAUAUGUUAUUGGAUAAAUAACUUAUGGAGGACGUGUUACUGAUGAUUGGGAUAGAAGAACAUUAAUGUCAAUAUUAAAUAAUUUUGUAACAGAAGAAGUACUUAAAGAGAAUUACAAGUUUUCAGAAUCGGGAACAUAUUAUUAACCUUCUGCAUAAAAUUUACAAUUUUAUAAAAAUUUUAUUGAAAAUUUUCCUGCAUUUGAAUCACCCGAAGUAUUUGGUAUGCAUGAAAAUGCAAACGUAGUGUUUCAACUAAAAGAAUCAAAAUUAGCAUUAGAAACAAUAUAAUCAAUAUAACCUCGUGAAAAUUCCUAAGGUAGUCAAGGCGAAAAGACAGCUGAUCAAUUAGUAGAAGAAAUGUGUAAAAUAUUUGAAGAAAAACUCCCCCCAAUAUUAAAAAGGGAAACUCAAACACAAAAGAAAUAAGAAGUUAUCGACUCUUUGCAAGUAUGCUUAAGCCAAGAAUGUGAGCGUUUUAAUAAACUACUACUAAUAAUCAAAAAUAGUUUAUAAAAUUUACAAAAAGCAUUAAAAGGAGAGGUAGUUAUGAGUUUAGAACUAGAUAAUUUAUCAUAAAGUUUAUUAUUAAAUCAAAUCCCAGAUAUGUGGAAAUCUAAAUCUUAUCCUUCAUUAAAGCCUUUAUCUUCUUGGUUUGAAGAUCUAGUUAAAAGAAUUGACUUUUUCAAAAAUUGGUUAUCUUCAGAUUUUCAAUAAAAAACUUAUUGGAUUUCGGCUUUCUUUUUCCCUUAAGGUUUCUUAACUUCUGUUUUGCAAAAUUUUGCAAGAAACAAUAGAAUAGCUAUAGAUGCACUUAACUUUUCAUUUAAAUUCACUAAGUUUGUUGACCAGAGUUAAAUAUAAGAUUAUUCACUUAAUGGAGCAUAUAUUACUGGGCUUUUUAUUGAAGGUUGUUAAUUUGACUGUUACAAAGGAGUUCUUGAUGAUAGUGAACCUGGAUAAAUGUAUACUUAAGCUCCAGUUAUUGAAUUCAUUCCUACUGAAUAGUAUAAGCCUAAACCUGAAGAUUAUAAAAUGCCUGCAUAUAAAACCACAGUUAGGGCUGGCACAUUAUCUACUACAGGACAUUCUACAAACUUUAUUAUUGCUAUAGAUACCCCAAGUAAAUAGAAGUCUGAUUAUUGGGUUUUAAAAGGAGCUGCUUUUGUUUGUGCUUUAAAUGAUUGA